UCACUCUCUCCAGAACAUGGUGUAGUAGAAAGAAUAGCACUUAUAAUCUGUUUAGAGGCAAAGGCCGGGCUCCGCUCGAGGGAUGAUGAUGGUUUGAAAUGUGAUGCAACUGAUGCCCGUUCGUAUAUCCCUGGCCUGGCCUGGCCUGGCUCCGACAAAGGAGAGAAAGAGAUUGCAAAAAGGAAUGAGCAUGGCGAGAAGAAGUAGGUAUGAAUGGGUAGUUAGUUUUUUCUUCGGAAUGUCCAUCCCGAAAAACCAGGGGGAAAUACAGAACGAACACAGGAAGGUAAAGAAGUAAAACGACAAGAUACUCACUUUAUUUUUUGUUGAUUCUGAGUUCUGGAUCUGUGAUGUUGUGUUAGAGAGUAAGCCAUCGGUUUUGCUACUAACUAAAACACUUGUGGGUAGGAAGCUGAUGCGACUCGGGAUAAAAUUGUUCCUUAGCUGAAGCGAGGGUGCAAAAUGUGUGAACUCUGUUGAAAAGUGAAUGAAAUUUAACGAAUAUUUACUUAUAGUGAGAGUAUUCUAGUUGAAUAUAAAACGUGUGACAAGGCGAGAGCUCAGGCUAACGAUUCCCAGCAUCCCGAAGGAUUAGAUUGAAGACUAAGCGGCGCAUCACCAUCAACGGGUCAAAAUGUUUGUAACCAUAAAAUCCUCCUGUGUUAAUCCGAAAAACCUGUUUUGCUUUGUGUGUGGCAAUUACACACCUUCGCAUCACAAGAGAUCAAUCAUGACCAUCCCAAUCAUGGACGCAUACGAGGCGUUCUUCACGAUACUACGCACCCACAAGGAUAACUAUGUCCAUGGACCAUCGGCCGUGUGUAAUGACUGCAACCAGGCGCUGAUGCGGUGGAAAAAUGGCAAUUGCGUCAAAACUCCGUUCCCCUUUCGGACGCCCAUGAUUUGGAAAGCGCCGUCCAACCACACCAAUGAUUGUUACUUCUGUAUAACGAAAACUAUUGUCGAUGGAAAGAAAAAGUACGCUCAGUAUCCCGAUAACAUCCCCUCGGCAAUGCGUCCUGUUCCCUGGGAAAAUCAACCCUCCAACAAACCGGAAUCCCCACCUCGUCCUUCCGUUACCAUGAAGAGUCCCACAAUCGAUAUCCUACCGAAAGCCUCAGCUCAACCCAAUUGGACAGUUAGCGUAAAAAAGGUUAAACUUGAUCCCCCGCCAAAACAACUGUCGCCGACCACAGUUCCCCUGACCCCACAAUCACAGCUCCAAAAAUCAAGUCCUCAACCCCAAGCCCCGAUCAAAAUUCAGUACCAACAGCUCAAGGUCAAAUCGGAAGCGGAACUCAAACAGCCAGCUCAACCUGCACCCCCAACAGUUAUCGAUAUGGCCACGCUCAACUGGCAGCAGCAGAUGGCCCAAAAGCAACUGGAGCAGCUUCAGAACCUCAAGAAACCUAGACAGGAAAUCGCUCCACAGCAGCAACAGCAGCCACAUAUUCCAAAAAUCAAACCAAUUGCAUCGAUGAGGGAGAAUUUCCCGGCGGCCAAGCUGAAUGGACCUGUACACUCAAUUCUCCAGAACGAACCGAUAACCAUCGAAAUAGACGAUGACGAACCGGAAGAACGGAGUGGGAAACCUGCAUCUGCAAACCCUCCACACUUCUCGAAUCAGAACAACACUCACAUUACUCCAGUACCGCUUCGAAAAAACGGAUUUUCUUUGAAUAAUUCCAGCCCCAAACUAGCACCGGCCAAGAACAUCCUAACGCACAACAUGGCCACCCUAACGCCAGUCGGAAUUGUAUCCCCUGCUGUAAAUAUUAUGCCCAGUAUCGCAACAGCCUCGGCGCAGCCACAUCUGGUGACCAAUGGAGAUCUCGCAACGUUACUAAGGGAGCUUCAACUACCCAGGGACAAAGCUACUCUGCUCAUCAACCGGCUUCGUUCGUGGAAUUUGCUCGUGGACAGCCAGACCUUGGUUGAGGAACCAGUGCCGCUCAAGAGCAAAGGCCUAAGUAUUCAGGAAACUAACCAGGCUCCAGAAUUUAGACGACGCUCGCUCAAAGGGAUCGCGGGAGGACUACAUCACCCGAUGGUGGUGUCCAGUUCCGGUGCCGCUUCCAUGAAGCGGAAAUACCAUGAGCUGUGCUAAUCGAAAACGAAACGUCUGAUCCUCCGAGGGAGAAAAACUGAGAAAAAAACUGAUACUGAAGAAAGAUUCCUAGAGUAACGGAGACUAAGUGAAGUCCUGAUGUGAAUUGCUUCCACCCGGUGCAACGUGGGUGGGAGAUUACUAUAUUUACUUACUACCUAUAGUAUUAUUUACUACAUAAGUAUGCAUUAGAAUAUCUUUUGAGAUUUAGAAGGUAACAAUACGAAUACGAACAAAUACGCGCCCAUUUACCAUUCACGUUUGUCCUGUGGAUGGUGCCAGCUUUGUAGUGUUUUAGUUUGGAUGAAAAAUAUUACCCAGUAUUUUUAAUCUUGUGCCAUGACAAAUCAGUCGAGAUUUAUCGAUGGCAAACCGAGAGCAUAUCGAAAUAAUAAUAAAAAAACAGUACAU